UAGCUUAACACAGCAGUUGUGAUGUUAGCCUGUUUUCUUGGGCACUCCUAGCUGCUUUAUCCCACUGCUCUGGUAAUUGCUUCGAGCCCCCCCUCAGGAAACCAUGGCCGAGGAGGCCUCGGGAUCCCCUCUGUCGUCCCAACAUGACGAGGUGCUCCAGCAGCGAGUGGCAGCUCUGGAGCAGGAAAGGGCCGAGUUCAUCAAGCUCAAGCAGCAGCUGGAGGUUGAGUUCAACCAGAAACGAGCCAAGUUCAAAGAGCUCUACCUGACGAGGGAAGAGGAGCUGAAGAGGCAGACUGUGGCGCUGGAGGGCGCCCAGGCAGAGCUGGGCUCCGUCCAGACCCAGCUGGCCCAGGCCCGGGCCGAGAUAGAGACCAUCAAAGCCGUGGCCACCGUGUCGGAAAACACCAAGCAGGAAGCCAUCGACCAGGUCCGCAGCCAGUGGCAGGAAGAGGUGGCCUCGCUGCAGGCCAUCAUGAAAGAAACAGUGUGUGAGUAUGAGGUCCAGUUCCACCAGCGCCUGGAGCAGGAGCGGGCCCAGUGGAACCAGUACCGCGAGGCAAUGGAGAGGGAACUGGGUGACCUGAGACGACGCCUCACUGAGGGCCAGGAGGAGGAAAACCUGGAGGAUGAAAUGAAAAAAGCCCAGGAGGAUGCCGAGAAGCUGCGGUCGGUGGUGAUGCCCAUGGAGCAGGAGAUCGCAGCCCUGAAAGCCAAACUGACUACGGCCGAGGACCGCGUGAAGGAACUGGAGGCCUCUAAGGUCAAAGAGCUCAAUCACGUUCUCGAGGCUGAGAAGUCGUGUCGUACAGAUCUGGAGAUGUAUGUGGCCGUGCUGAACACGCAGAAAUCUGUCCUCCAGGAAGAUGCGGAGAAACUACGGAAGGAGCUCCACGAUGUCUGUCACAAGCUGGAGUUGGAGCGGCAGCAGCACAAUCAGCUGAAACACACGUGGCAGCGGGCCAACGACCAGUUCCUGGAGUCCCAGCGCCUCCUCAUGAGGGACAUGCAGAGGAUAGAGAGCGUGCUGUCGUCUGAGCAGCUCCGCCAGGUGGAGGAGAUGAAGAAGAAAGACCAGGAGGAGGAUGAAAAAGAGAGGUUGAGCCAAGUGAAAGAGCUGCACGAGGACGAUGGGGGAGACAACACCGAGCCUUUGGAGGACUUUUUCCUCGGGAUGAGCGUUGAGGAGCCCCAUGCCAACCACAGUGCCCACGGCUCAAUGCACUCCUUAGACACUGACGUGGUGGUCGGGGGCCCCAUGGACCCCUACAAAGAGAACUUGCGGAGAGUUCAGUCGACGGACAGCCUCGGCUCCUCGCUGUCUGCCCAGCAGGGCCUCGGUGGCCAAAACCACAAGGCCAAGUCGGCCAGCCACUUGGACGAGUCGGACUUUGGGCCCUUGGUGGGGGCCGACUGCGGGAUGACAGACAGUAGUUUUGGUGAAACUUCAUCCAUCAGCUCGAUCAAGCUGACAGCGAGCCACUUCCUGCUGACUAAAGACCAGGAGAAGGCCAUCAAAGCCAUGACCCCUGAGCAGGAGGAGACAGCGUCGCUGCUGUCCAGCAUCUCCCACGCCCCCGACACCGCCUUCUUACCGCCUGCAGGCUACCGGCUGGUCAGCGACAGCGAGUGGAACCUGCUGCAGCAAGAGGUGAAAAACGCCGGGAGGAAGCUCGGCCGACGUUGUGAUAUGUGCUCCAACUACGAGAAGCAGCUGCAGGCCAUCCAAGGACAAGAGGCAGAGACACGAGAUCAGGUGAAGAAACUGCAGGUGAUGCUGCGUCAAGCCAAUGAUCAGCUGGAGAGGACGAUGACCGAGAAACAGAAUUUGGAGGAUUCGGUCAAAUUAGGCAACGAGGAGACCGCUGCUAAGGUGUCCGCCCUCAUGCAGAGGGUCCAGGAGUCAGAAACGCUGCUCAGCACACUACAACAGGCCUUCAGUGACGCUAAGAGGAACACACAGGAACAGAUGGGGGUGCUGUUGAAGUCGAGGGAGCAGGUAGCAGAUGAACUAAGCCGACUACAGAGAGACAACGAGAGCCUGCAGGGAAAACACAGGCUGCACAUAGAACUACAGCAACAAGAGGACUUCCAGAUGCCCAAUACUGUGCAAGAGCUACAAGGCCUGGUGUUGCAUUUGCGAGACGACAUGGUGGCGUUACGGACGUCUGCUGAUCACAUGGAGGAGAAGCUGAAGGCUGAGAUUCUGUUUCUGAAGGAGCAGAUCCAGGCAGAGCAGUGUCUCAAGGAAAACCUGGAGGACACUCUGCAGCUGGAGAUCGAGGGCUGUAAGGAGGAAAUAGACAUCUUGGAAGCUUCUUUCUCCAGUUUGAAGACAGAGCUGGAGCGAAUAAAAGCUGAGAAGGAACAGCUGGAGAAAAGCCUAGCAGAGAAGACUGAGACACUGGAGAGCAUCCAGGGCCUGAGGAUCAGCCUGGAGCAGCAGCUCAAAGAGCUCGCCGCUGCAAAGAGUGCACUAGAGAGUCAGGUCCUCGAUGAGAGAGACAAAGCUCAGCGGCUGCAAACAGAGCUGGAUGUCAGUGAACAGGUUCAGAAGGACUUUGUCAAACUUUCUCAGACUCUUCAGGUACAGUUGGAGCGAAUACGACAGGCGGACUCGUUGGAUCGAAUCAGAGUAAUCCUCAACGACACCAACUUGACUGACAUCAACCAGCUUCCAGAGACAUGAUACCACUGAAUGAAAACUGCCCUCAGUUUCAUUCCCCUCUUUCUCUACCACUGGCCCAGUAACAUUAUUGAUCUGACCCUUCCUCCUCCCCAUAACCACCGUGGAAGAGCUUGGAAGGACAAGGACAGACAUGGCAUGGGAUGCUCAUGGGCUUUUGUGUACAUUAUAAAUCAUGGAACACACCAUGGAUAGAAUAAUGAAGAAGAACACUACUAAAAAAAAAUGUAAAUAACUAAAUGCCUGACUGUGGACGGAGGGAGUGGAAGUCCAUCUUUCUGUGGGUUUGUGUUUUGUUUCUACUGUAGAUAUGACUCUGUAUUAGCUCAACCAAAAAAGGUUUGUCGUCUUCUACAGCACUUUUCAUCUGCAACUUCCCUUUCCAGGUCAAUAGGAAACAAUUGGAUGCAUAACUUUUCUCCUUCUGUUCUCAGAGCGGUUGAUAAUCGCUUCCUUGUUCCGCUCACUUGUUCUUUCCGUGUGUUUCUUUUUUCUCCCCCUAUUUCUGGCUGUUUUUCUGUGGCAUUUUUCCGCCUUGUUCUGGUCAUUUCACCCUGUGCAACCUAUGAUAAAGACACAAUGAAGGAUGGAAAAUACUUGCACAUAACUUAACUCGCAUAGACAAGAAAAGGAACAUGACACAAAACGAGCAAUACCCUCCACUUCUUAAGCAUCCACUACUGUAUCUUCCCUUGAUUUUUUGCUCUUAGCGUCUGACAGAAAUCUUUUUUUAAAAGCUGCAGAAAAAUAGUGAAGAAACAUUACUCAUGUUCAAAGCUGUGGGUUUUAUUUUUCAACUUCCCUCUUGUUUCUUGGUUGUCAAGAAAACACUAGUUAACCCAGCUGAUGUGGAGUAAAGAAAUGGUUAGUUGAGGGGAACAAAGGAUGAGAUUUCAACAUUAAAGUGUAAAUGGAAAAUAACAGAUUUUAAUACACACUUUGCUCCUUUUAUUGAUUGCCUUUUUGAAUUGACUUUGGAUUGACUUUCUUAAUGAAAUUCUAAAGCCCUUAAAUUACAGUGGGCGGCUUUUAAAAUAUUAUGGAAGAGCACACUGUCACAAGGCUGGCACGAGGUGUUUCUGUCCCAUCCUUCCCAGGGAGAGCGCGGGGUCAGGUUCAAAUGCAGAGGUGGUAGCUGGUGGGGAAAACGCCUCGGGAUGGUGGGAGGUUUGGAAAAGUUAGCCUCUAACAAACAAGCCAAUCUACUAUUCCCUUAGAGGUGAGGAGUGGAUUCUUUGCAAAAAAAUAGUUACCUGUCUGACUGGGAAGUCACGACCUGAGGAAAGCUGACUUUUCUUACACAUAUAUACAUAUAUAUAUAUAUACAAUAUAGUGUGUCAAUUCAUUCAUCACUACAAGAAUUUUCUGUUGUGUGUGAAGUUUCUGAUGGAUUUAAAAGUAAAUAAUGAAAGUGUUAGGGUCAGCGCGUUAGAAGCCAACCACGAAUGAGCUGUGUUUGUUCCGUGGUGGUGAAAAAAUAACUAAACGAUCCGAAUCUUCCGAGAAGACUUCGCAAACUGUGCGGCAGAGGUACAGAAGUCACUAAAACACAGUCGUGCAGUAACUCACCGACUGCUACUUGGCUAAACCUGCCGGCAUGCUUCUCCGCAGCCGCUUGUCGAUGCAACAAUCACACCCGCGCCGCGCAGCGAUUGGUCACUUGUGUGUGGGUGAGGAAGUAGGCUGGUUUUGAGCUUUUCCUUUCUCCUUCACGCAACCUUUCACGCGAACAGCCGAGCGCAACGUCAUGAAUGUCCUCCGGGAGAGACUGUUUGGAAAUCUGUGCCUUCAUUCCCGUAUUUAAAUGAUACUGCCCCCCCCCCAAUCCAUGAAGGCCGGCUUUUCACUCGGCUUUUCAACGUGGCCAUUCGGAGGAACUUUCUAACACGACCCGACCCGUAGAAAUGGACUCUUAACGUCUCAGAAUGCUUCAAAACGCACCAGCUUGUACGACGGCGUCCGAAUACGCCUGAAGACGAAAGUGUUUUAUACCUUUUCUGAGUGGCGACACUCGAAGGUGGAUGUUCAACAGCAGUUAGUCUCCUUAAAGGCAUUCAUAAUGUCGCACUCGUUGUGCACAUGGCGUGAUUGUCACGUCCGUCUCUCCCGUCGUUUUCGAGCGAACAAUCGAGCCCAACAGCACGAACGUCCUCCAGGAGAGACGGUCAGAAAAUGUGGGCCCUUAUCCCCACAUUUAAAACUAUCACCGCAUUUUCCCAUUUCUCUGCGAAGACCAGCUUUUGACUCCGUCUCUGAAACACUCUUGAACCCAGAUGUGGUCGGACAACACGCUGUGCAAACUAGUUCUUUUUGAGCAUAAUCGAAUCCUAGAUGUUGACUACUCAUAGGUUUUUUGGAAAGGUCACAUGCCACAAAAGCCAUGGUAUGCUUCGAGAAAAAAAAAAACUAGGCUGUGCAAAGUGUCAUCCAACCACGUCUAAAGACCUUUUCAAGAACUCCCUUGUUUUUCGGGUGUCUCUGUUGUCUCAACACGAUAACUUGUACAAGAGGGGCAAGAGAGGGAAGUUCAAAUCCUGCCUGCCGUCACCACCUUCACUCUCGCGGCUGAUCGCUGCAUUUAAGCGGGCGAGAUUGUUGUACUUGCUGUUUCGGAAAGUCCCAAAAAUUGUCCGACGCGACAAACACAGCCCUUCAAACACAGCCCUUGUGAGGUCGUCUGACGCGAGUCUCAAAACCCCCUUUCUAUCCGCGUCAUCAUCGCGACUGAUGACGCGGAUAGAAAGGGGGUUUUGAGACUCCCGUCAGACGACCUCACAAGGGCUGUGUUUGAAGCCUGAAUCCAUACUGAAAAUUGACAGUUGUGCUGCCUCCCUUUUUUAGUAAUCCAUAUUUAACUCAAGCAGUUUGAUUAGGGGUAGGAUCUAAACCACAGCAAGGCUGGGAGCUGCAGGAACACGCAGGUGGCUUUCAUUAAGCAGCUACACUGAGACUUUUGGUUUUCUGAGGUAUGAAACAGGGCUGCCCAGUCCCCCCCCCCCCCCAAAACCUGUUGCUUUUUUUGUUUGUGUUUUUGUUUGUUUCUUUGUUUUUUCCUCUGAAGGGAAUAAAUAAACGCAAGAAUAUUAACAGGAAGUCGUAUGGGUUGGGGUGAUUCUUAGUCAGUCUGAGUAUGUGGCUUCCUGUACUGUGCCAGGUUUUACCACCUCCGCCAAGGAGGUUAUGUUUUUCGCCCGUGUCUGUUGGUCUGUUGGUUUGUUGGUUUGCUGGUUUGUUUGUCAGCGGGCCUACGCACAAAAAAGUGCUGAACCGAUUUGCCACCGAACUUGCUGGCGUGAUGGGGCACGGGGCCAGGGAGGAACCCGUUAAACUUGGGUGCAGAUCCAGGAAUCUUUUUCUCACUUCCCCUCAGCACUGCUAAGAUAGGGCAACUUUUUUUUUUCCCCCCGACAUUUUCAUAAACAUUUGGCCUUGGCGGACGUAGGCCCACUACUGAAUGCCGUUCUAGUUACACAUUUGACCAAUAUGGGCGACCACUCAUUUUUUUACACAACUCAAGAGGUAGUACAUUACCAGCUGCUACACGCCUACAUUUUCAACGUUCAGGCUGCCACCGAAUCCUGGAGUUCGAUGAUUUUGUCCAAAUGUGCACAGAGAAAUAUGAUAUUGAGUGUUCAGAGGGAGACAAAUACAGACUACUGAGUGAAAAAUCAGUCAUAAACGGCAAACAAUAGCACCAGAGAGACUGCACCAACUGUUGUGAAACUACUUACUUUGCUUUCUAAUGUGCAGAUAGAGACAAUAUAUGGUUUCGAGAACCCCAAAGAAUAGUUUUUUUGUUUUCAAACUUCUAAGUAUGUGAACCAUUUCCCAGGAAUCGGCUGUCAGGGUGGGCUCUGAGUAAAGAUUGUGACUCAGCGUUGUGCGCUCAUUUGAAACGGUUGGACACACGAGACUGCAAACGCGGUUUUAUGGAAAAUAUGAGGCUGAAUCAAUUUUCUCCUGUUGUAAAAAAAAAAAUUAAAAAUU